UUUGUUCAAUGUUGAGAGUAAGUUUGUUAGUCAUCAUCUAGGUAGAUAUUUUCUGUAAUUCGGUAUUUACAAUAUUGGCUAGCAUGACUGGGCUUGGGUGAAAGAAGAAGAAUGUAGUGUCAUCUGCAAAUAGUGUGGGUUUGAGUAGUUGCGAUGCAUUUGGUAGGUCAUUUAUGUAAACGAGAAAGAGAAGAGGGCCAAGGACCUCUUCCUCAGUUUGCAGUUAUGGCUUCUUGUUCUCUCUCUUGCUGUCAUUAAGAAUCUUCUUUAUCUAUUCUUCAAGGUCUUUUUAAUACAGUGCUGAAUAGUCCCAUGAUUAAAGGACUUUGGUAUAGCUUUCAGUCUCACAAGUGGGGUGACUGAAAAAAAAAUGAAAGAAAAGUUUGUUUAUACAUUUAGUAAUUUAUACAGAAGGGGUAACCAGCUCCUUUCUCCUAGCAUUUUAUUCCCCUCAUACAACACACAUGGCUUAUGAAGGAAGAAUUCUCCUCUUUCCCAUUUAGGCUACUUUACAGUUAUCUUGGCUGAUAUAAUCUGGGUGGUAGGGAGCACUGUUUAGGAAGAGGAAGGCUUUAAAUAGUAAUUAAUUGUACUUCAGUUCAAGAUCUUUAUCUCCCACAGGCAUUUUCUGUUUUCUAAUUAUUUUACAAUAAGGCGAAGAAAAGAAAUAACACAGUUACUGUAUAUUACACCACAGAAUGCUACCUCCAUAAGCCAUGCAUGUCAUAAGAGGAAACUAAAAUGCCAGAACAAGGGGCUAGAUUUACUAACCUUUUUUUUUUUUCUUGGUUCACAAAAUUUAAAAAAAAAAUUCUUGCAGACAAAAUGCUGUUUCUUUGGAGGAGGAGAGUUCAGUUGUUACUGCAACGACUAUAUAACCUACCAUGUAGUACAAGGAAAUGGCUGCGAUGGAAGUAUGAUCUGUUCAUUUUAACAAUGAAAGCAUUAUUCUACAAUGAAUUCGUUAAUAUGUCAUACGUACUAGAAGUUUUCAUGGAGCCAAUGGUGUGGAUUGUGGACCACUUCACAAAGGUUCUUGGACCUAUCCUUGUUGGGGGAGUAAUAACGUUAACUAGCUCAGUCGUUUCUAUAGUUUACAUCAUUGGUCUACCCUACUAUUGGCAGAAAUCACCGAUACUUACCUGUUUUCUAAUUGUACUAGGACACUGGUUGUUAAUAAAUGUCAUCUUCCACUUCACAAUGGCAGCAAUUACUGACCCAGGUACACCUCCAAAGGGAAUUUUAAUCAGUGAAGCAGUAAGUGUUUGUAAAAAAUGUAUAGCACCGAAGUCACCUCGCACACAUCAUUGCUCAGUGUGUAACCGCUGCAUUCUCAAGAUGGAUCAUCACUGCCCUUGGCUCAACAACUGUGUGGGGCACUUUAACCACCGUUAUUUCUAUAUGUAUAUGGUAUAUAUGACAUUGGGGACAAUUUUCAUCAUAACACUUGGUUUUGAAAUAGCAUACAGUGAGAUAUGGCUAGGUGGAGAAAUGGGUGUAGGAUUAAGUGAUGCCCUGGAUUUGGUGAUGAAUGACAGUACCCCCCAGGAACAGGAUGAGUUAGAAGGCUACCCAGUAAGGAUCAACGGUACUCACAUGAUGCCUGUGGGAUAUGGUGGUACAGUUGGCAGUCCGGUUCUUCUCGAGCCACCUGAAGAAGAAAUGGAUAUCGAAAGAAGAAACUAUUGGUAUCGAUUUUCCAUCAUGUACUCCGGAAUGUUAACCACAGGUGCAUUUUUCUCCCUUGGUGGACUGGCCACUUGGCAUGGAAGACUAAUAUCAAGAGGAGAGACCAGCAUUGAAGCUCACAUCCCAAACCCAAAAAGGGGACUGAAAGAUUUUGCAAAAAUCAACCAAGAAUACAAGAAUCCAUAUGAUUUUGGACCAUCAGAGAAUUGGAAACUCUUUCUUGGUUUAACGCAUGGCAGAGGAUGGAGACACAUUCUUCUUCCAUCGUGGCACUUACCUGAUGGAAAUGGAUUAACUUGGCCCAAUGCUAUCAUCACUGCUGCAAGUCACGACAAAGCUGCAUGACAGACACCUUAUUUGUUCUUUUAAAUUAGAAUGUUAAUUAUUACAUAUAUCUUUUAGCCACAAGACUUUCAUACAUUCCAGGAACCAAUGCCAGUAUUUUUACCAGAAGACUGUCUUACAUUUCCAGAAAAUGGUGCUGUAUUUAUCAUUUUAUAGCAUCUGCUUUAAUCAAUUUCUUCCAAUUAGAUACAGAGAAAACAAAGCUUCCUCUGUUUUUUUUUUAAAUCAAAUUUCACUAGUGAACUUGUAGAAAUAAUUAGUGAUGUAUUAAUUUUAUAAAUGAUGAAAGAGAAGAGGUAGCGACAUACAGUAACACAGAUACAUGCUGAGAGAAUGGAGCCCCCUCAUGGGAGGUGUUCCUUGAUGCUAAUAAGGGGCUCUUGAUCCAAGGAAUUGAACCUGACCCUCCUUCCUCAGAUUGAGCCUUAUUGCUGCCCAUUCCCUCAGACAGACACUGACUCCCUUUAGGUUAAUUGUUGAAAAUAAAUGGUGUAAAAUACCGACGCAAUGGAAACAUAUGUGUUUAUGUUUUCAGGUUAAUUGUUUCCCCAUGAGUGUAAUAAUAAUGAGAUUAUUAUUAUUACCAUCAUAACUAAGCACUAAACCCACUAUGGUCAUACAGCACUGUAGGGUAGGGUGUAUAUUCCUGAUCAGACACACACACAAUAACAAUGAGAGAAUAGCUAUAAAUUAACCCUUUGACUGUUGCAGGCCCCUUUCUGAAACUGUCAUUCUGUCGCAACAUUUUUGAAAAAAAAAAAAAAAAAUUCUUAUGAAAUGAUAGAAAAUCUUUUCCCGAUGGUAAUGACACCAAAAGCACAAAAUUUGGUCGAAAACUCCCGGAAUUAUGCUCCCGCGAAGUUAGCGGUCUAGGCGACAUAUACACAUCGGCGAUUUCGCCAACUUUGAGCCUUGUUUUUGGCCAAUUCCGUUGUUCCAGUUGACCAAACUCAUAGCUAUUUCUUUAGAACUCCAUUUUUUUCUAUCAACUGAGUACAAGAAACUGCCCAUUUACCGAUUUGAACUACUCAAUAAAGUGGUCAGAAAUUGGCAAUUUGGCCAAUAUCAUGCAAAUUAAAAAAGAUGCCAAUUUCAAAAUAGGGUCCAGAAUAAACAAUGUAGACAUUCUUGGCACUAAAAUAACAUAUCCUCUGUUCAUUAGUCACGUCUCUAGGCCCCUCUUAUAUUACUGUUGCUUUCCAUUUUGAUCUUUUGUUCAUACAAAAAAUACAAAAUUUACUGUUAUGCAGACUACUGCAUUAUUGUAAAAAUGGUAUAAAUAAUAUCAGUGCACUAGCAAAAGAAUAUUAGACUCCCCAGUUGACAUGUAUUGGACGUGUGGUGUGAUUUGCUUACUCUUGAACAUUGGUAAAAAUCGAACAUUUCUGCUACUUUGAGCUGAAUUUCAAGGUCAUUUUCAUCGUGAAAGUAAUCAAAAUCAUCUCUAUUUCUGCAAUAUGUUUUACAUUUUAUCACCUGAGACCAUGAAAAUGAGAAUACAACAAUAAAUACUAUACGAAAAUACACCUCAAAGUUGGCGUUUUAAUCCAAAAAAAGUCCGUUUUUUUUUCUCAUUAUGCACUGCGUGCGGCAGGAUUUUUUUUAUGUGGUGCACACUGACCACACAGACCCAUUCUCUCACAUGAGGGCCUACCAGCUUUCUCCUGCUUGAUUUGAAGCCGCUAGAAUUAUCGAGUAUAUAUACUUCCGAAACACUGGCUCGUAAGACAUAUAUAUACGACCAAAACAGUCAAAGGGUUAAGUAGGCAAGUACUUAUGAGUAACAUAUAUCUUACCAUAUAAAAACUAUAAAAUUAUUCAGCUUUUCAAAAAAUUUUAUGAUCUGAAUCUGUAGAAAUGGUUCAAGGUUCUUAGUUUAAUUUCCUUGCACUAUCUUGCUAUACACCAGGGUAUCCCUCAAGGAUGUAAGAAGACAUUUUAAUAGUGUAUAUUUUUGUUUUAGUAAAGACACUGAUGCAGUCAACUAGUCAUUGUUUUUUAGAGGAAUAAACUUUUAGCAGACUUUGCCACAUUUUAAAGAUUUUUAUCAUCUUGAGAUAAGCAGAAAUAAUAUAUUAAUAUAUACUUUGUAAGUUUAUUCAGAUUUUGUAAAAUGUCUGUAAUGAACUGGCACAUUCACAAGUGCAAAUUCCAUAUAGAUCAUGCAACACUGUUCAUCAUGCAGGUACUUCGCUUUGUAUUCAAUAAAUGUAUGGCAGAAUGAAUAUCUUAUAAUUGUAGGGUUUAGACAUAUUUAAGUAACGUUGCAUUACUCGUUGCUAACUAAUGAUGUAAUAUUUUAUAACAUUAGUCAGUGUGGAAAUAUGUAAUUUUUAUUGUACAUGAUUUUUUGUCUAGUCUUUUUUAGCAAUGGGGUUAUAACAUACACACAAUGUGCAUUAAUUUAUUAAGUUAUAAAUAUUUAAUAUUUGCAUGCAGGGAAAUUUUAAAAUCAAGUAAAAAUUUCAUAUAAAUCCAAAUGGAUUGAUUUACACCUGAUAUAUUAGGCAUAGCAAGGGCCUAGUAACCCAUUCACCUGUAUAAAAUACUAAAUGUAAAAAGAAAAAUUUUCAUUUUUCUGUUUGGGCCACCCUGCUUUGGUGGGAUAUGACCAGUUUGUUGAAAAAAAAAAAUAUUAGGCAUACAGUGAAUGUUCUAAACUGGAUUGAAACAAAAUUUAUUAGUGGGUAAAAAUGUUGUGGAGAGAGUAGUAGGUAAAUUUGGGGUGCCAGGGGUAAAUAUAAAUGGGGAGCCUUUAAUUGAGCCAUGUGUAGAAAGAGAUUUGGUAAUAACUAAUACAUAUUUUAUGAAAAAGAGGAUAAAUAAAUAUACAAGGUAUGAUGUAGCACGUAAUGAAAGUACACCUACCAUCCGACUUACGACCGAGUUCGGUUCCGAGAAACCGGUCGUAAGUCGAAAUGGUCGUAAGUCAAACUUUACUACUGAAUAUCAAUGUAACAUUUUUGUAAUGACCUUAUUUUAUUGUUUUAUUUUGGUAUUUCUUGUUUUACUUUACUUUUUAUGCUGUUAGUACUGUAUUUUAUGCUGUAAGGUUUAGGAUAAACACUGUGUACAACACAAAUAGUUGUUUAUUUCCCAGAAAUUUGGUAUAAAAAACACGGUCGUAAGUCGAGUAGGUCGUAAGUCAGAUGGUAGGUGUAGUUUGUUAGAUUAUGUAUUGGUGGAUAAAAGGUUAAUGGGUAGGCUCCAGGAUGUACAUGUUUAUAGAGGGGCAACUGAUAUAUCGGAUCAUUAUUUAGUUAUAGCUACAGUUAGAGUAAGAGGUAGAUGGGACAAGAGGAAGGUGGCAACAACAAGUAGGAGGGAAGUGAAAGUGUAUAAACUAAGGGAGGAGGAAGUUCGGGUGAGAUAUAAGUGACUAUUGGCAGAAAGGUGGGCUAGUGCAAAGAUGAGUUGUGGGGGGAGGUUGAAGAGGGUUGGAUGAGUUUUAAAAAUGCAGUAUUAGAAUGUGGGGCAGAAGUUUGUGGUUAUAGGAGGGUGGGGGGCAGGAGGAAAGAGGAGUGAUUGGUGGAAUGAUGAAGUAUAGGGUGUGAUAAAAGAGAAAAAGGUAGCUUACGAGAGGUUUUUACAAAGCAAAAGUGUUAUAAGUUAUAAGAAGAGCAGAGUAUAUGGAGAGUAAAAGAAAGAUGAAGAGAGUGGUGAGAGAGUGCAAAAGGAGAGCAGAUGAAAGAGUGGGAGAGGCACUGUCAAGAAAUUUUAAUGAAAAUAAGAAAAAAUUUUGGAUUGAGUUAAACAAGUUAAGAAAGCCUAGGGAACGUAUGGAUUUGUCAGUUAAAAACAGAGUAGGGGAGUUAGUAGAUGGGGAGAGGGAGGUAUUAGGUAGAUGGCGAGAAUAUUUUGAGGAACUUUUAAAUGUUGAGGAAGAAAGGGAGGCGGUAAUUUCAUGCACUGGCCAGGGAGGUAUACCAUCUUUUAGGAGUGAAGAAGAGCAGAAUGUAAGUGUGGGGGAGGUACGUGAGGCAUUACGGAGAAUGAAAGGGGGUAAAGCAGCUGGAACUGAUGGGAUCAUGACAGAAAUGUUAAAAGCAGGAGGGGAUAUAGUGUUGGAGUGGUUGGUACUUUCUUUAAUAAAUGUAUGAAAGAGGGGAAGGUACCUAGGGAUUGGCAGAGAGCAUGUAUAGUCCCUUUAUAUAAAGGGAAGGGAGACAAAAGAGAUUGUAAAAGUUAUAGAGGAAUAAGUUUAUUGAUGAAAUAUUGGAUAUCAGAUUGGAGGGAGAGAGUAUGGAGGAGGUGAAUGUAUUCAGAUAUUUGGGAGUGGACGUGUCAUCGGAUGGGUCUAUGAAAGAUGAGGUAAAUCAUAGAAUUGAUGAGGGGAAAAGGGUGAGUGGUGCACUUAGGAGUCUGUGGAGACAAAGAACUUUGUCCUUGGAGGCAAAGAGGGGAAUGUAUGAGAGUAUAGUUUUACCAACGCUCUUAUAUGGGUGUGAAGCAUGGGUGAUGAAUGUUGCAGCGAGGAGAAGGCUGAAGGCAGUGGAGAUGCCAUGUCUGAGGGCAAUGUGUGGUGUGAAUAUAAGGAAGAGAAUUCAUAGUUUGGAAGUUAGGAGGAGGUGCGGGAUUACCAAAACUGUUGUCCAGAGGGCUGAGGAAGGGUUAUUGAGGUGGUUCGGACAUGUAGAGAGAAUGGAGCGAAACAGAAUGACUUACAGAGUGUAUCAGUCUGUAGUGGAAGGAAGGCGGGGUAGGGGUCAGCCUAGGAAAGGUUGGAGGGAGGGGGUAAAGGAGGUUUUGUGUGCGAGGGGCUUUGACUUCCAGCAGGCAUGCGUGAGCGUGUUUGAUAGGAGUGAAUGGAGACAAAUGGUUUUUAAUACUUGACGUGCUGUUGGAGUGUGAGCAAAGUAACAUUUAUGAAGGGGUUCAGGGAAACCGGCAGGCCGGACUUGAGUCCUGGAGAUGGGAAGUACAGUGCCUGCACUCUGAAGGAUGGGUGUUAAUGUUGCAGGUUAAAAACUGUAGUGUAAAGCACCCUUCUGGCAAGACAGUGAUGGAGUGAAUGAUGGUGAAAGUUUUUCUUUUUCGGGCCACCCUGCGUUGGUGGGAAUCGGCCAGUGUGAUAAUAAAAAAAAAAAGUUUAUCGAGUAUACCAGGAAAAGUGUACGGUAGAGUUAUUAUUGAAAGAAUUAGAGGUAAGACAGAAUGUAGGAUUGUGGAUGAGCAAGGAGGUUUCAGAGUGGGUAGGGGAUGUGUAGAUCAAGUGUUUACAUUGAAGCAUAUAUGUGAACAGUAUUUAGAUGAAGGUAGGGAAGUUUUUAUUGCAUUUAUGGAUUUAGAAAAGGCAUAUGAUAGAGUGGAUAGGAGAGCAAUGUGGCAGAUGUUGCAAGUAUAUAGAAUAGGUGGUAAGUUACUAAAUGCUGUAAAGAGUUUUUAUGAGGAUAGUGAGGCUCAGGUUAGGGUGUGUAGAUGAGAGGGAGAUUACUUCCCAGUAAAGGUAGGUCUUAGACAGGGAUAUGUAAUGUCACCAUGGUUGUUUAAUAUAUUUAUAGAUGGGGUCAUAAAAGAAGUAAAUGCUUGGGUGUUCGGGAGAGGGGUGGGAUUAAAUUAUGGGGAAUCAAAUACAAAAUGGGAAUUGACACAGUUACUUUUUGCUGAUGAUACUGUGCUCAUGGGAGAUUCUGAAGGAAAAUUGCAAAGGUUAGUGGAUGAGUUUGGGAGUGUGUGUAAAGGUAGAAAGUUGAAAGUGAACAUAGAAAAGAGUAAGGUGAUAAGGGUAUCAAAUGAUUUAGAUAAAGAAAAAUUGGAUAUCAAAUUGGAGAGGAGGAGUAUGGAAGAAGUGAAUGUUUUCAGAUACUUGGGAGUUGACGUGUUGGCAGAUGGAUUUAUGAAGGAUGAGGUUAAUCAUAGAAUUGAUGAAGGAAAAAAGGUGAGUGGUGCAUUGAGGUAUAUGUGGAGUCAAAAAACGUUAUCUAUGGAGGCAAAGAAGGGAAUGUAUGAAAGUAUAGUAGUACCAACACUCUUACAUGGGUGUGAAGCUUGGGUUGUGAAUGGAGCAGCGAGGAGGCGGUUGGAGACAGUGGAGAUGUCCUGUCUAAGGGCAAUGUGUGGUGUAAAUAUUAUGCAGAAAAUUCGGAGUGUGGAAAUUAGGAGAAGGUGUGGAGUUAAUAAAAGUAUUAAUCAGAGGGCUGAAGAGGGGUUGUUGAGGUGGUUUGGUCAUUUAGAGAGAAUGGAUCAAAGUAGAAUGACAUGGAGAGCAUUUAAAUCUGUAGGAGAAGGGGCUCUGUAGGGGCUCUGGUGGCCUGGUGGUUAACGCUCUCGCUUCACACGGUGAGGGCCUGGGUUCGAUUCCCAGCCAGAGUAGAAACAUUGGACGUGUUUCUUUCCACCUGUUGUCUAUGUUCCCCAUCAGUAAAAUGGGUACCUGGGUGUUAGUCGACUGGUGUGGGUCGCAUCCUGGGACACUGACCUAAGGAGGCCUGGUCACAGACCGGGCCGCGGGAGCGUUGACCCCCGGAACUCUCUCCAGGUAAUCUCCAGGUAAGGAAGGCGGGGUAGGGGUCAUCCUCGAAAAGGUUGGAAGGAAGGGGUGAGGGAGGUUUUGUGGGCAGGCGUGCAUGAGCUUGUUCGAUAGGAGUGAAUGGAGACGAAUGGUAUUCGGGUAAACCGGUUAUUUUAUAUAGCCGGACUUGAGUCCUGGAAAUGGGAAGUACAAUGCCUGCACUCUAAAGGAGGGAUUUUGGGAUAUUAGCAGUUUGGAGGGAUAUGUUGUGUACCUUUAUACGUAUAUGCUUCUAAACUGUUGUGCUCUGAGCACCUCUGCAAAAACAGUGAUUAUGUGUGUGUGAGGUGAAAGUGUUGAAUGAUGAUGAAAGUAUUUUCUUUUUGGGGAUUUUCUUUCUUUUUGGGUCACCCUGCCUCAGUGGGAGAUGGCCGACUUGUUGAAAAAAAAAAAAUGUAAAAAUGUUUUGGCUUAGGAUGUAUAACACAAUAUUUAGUUUAUAAAUUUUGUGCAUGAGAGGAAGUUUGCCAUUGUCUGCAGAUACAGUAUUUUAAUAGAAGUCAACAGUGACUAUUAGGUACAGUACUGACUCUACAAUUGUACCUGUAUUGAUAUAAAAUGCUUGCUAUUAGUGAAAAUUGAAGACCAAAAUAUAUGAGUGUUUUUUAGAGUGUAGUAUGCAUAUAUAGGCUGUGUUUUAGAAGAUUUCAAGUAAGCUGUGUUUUAAAUAUGGGGGGAAAAAAUAAGUGUCUUGUGAUGGGCUUUGAGAGAUUUUCUUCCCUAGUAACUGUGUGAUUAGCCAGGUUAUUGCUACCUGCAGCCUGCAGGGCUAUUGAGUUUUUCAUUUGCAGACUCCGCAAAAUUUGAUAAUCUUGAAUCGUAACCUGAUGAUGGCUGAUGUUUGGUUCAUGAAAAAUGAUAGUCUGGGCAGAAAAAAUAACAUUUAAGAAUUACUUAAUGUCUCUUUAUAAUGUACACAAAGGAGUUCCAUGAACUAGUUUAAAAAUAGAACACUUAUCAUUUUGCUCAAUGUAAGGACCUUCCUUACUAUGUCCAUUUUGUACCUAUAGAAAACAUUUUAGAAAUCCAUUAUUCAGUUGAAGUGUGAGCAAGGUAACAUGAAGGGAUUCAGGGAACCAGGUUAUCCAGGAACCUACACUCUGGAGAGGUCAGGACAUUGCAGGUUACAGGGUCAUUUGAAUUGUGAUGUCAGCACACUUCUGGCAAGACAGGUUUUGAAUAAGUGAAUAGUGAGAGAUGGCCAUGUGUUAAAAAAAAAAAAAUCCAACUGUAUAUUCAUUACUAAUAGAAGCAAUAUUUUGCCAUAUUGUACUGUAUAUGUACCUUUCAAAGCUGAAUAAUAUUUUUUUUUUUUUUACUUCUGGUGGCUCACAAUACCAAAGUUCUAUUGUUUACUAGGUGUAUGUAGUAAAAUGAUCUAGUCCUCUGUGUAACAUUUUUAAAUAUUUUAUAAUUUAAUACUGUAAUAAAAAAUUGUCUGAGUUUUGUGUUUUCACACACACAAUAACAAUAUACAGUAACACAAUUCUCUAAAGCAAUCAUAAAUUAUCAUUAGGGAAAGUGCUAAACUAAGAUACAAUAUAGUCAACAUUGAUUAUGAAUGCCAUGAGGAUGAAUCAAAGAUCUGAAUUUUGAGA